CCGAGGUUGGUCGGAUUUAUGUGCCACACAAAGCUAGCAGGCUAGUUCAUACGCUGUGGCAGGCUAAUAACGAGCUAAAAUCCGCCGCUUAGGCUGGGAAAAGGUCGAGUUAUGGCGCGGUUGGGGUUGGAGCAACUGUCAGAUUUCGGGGACUAUUCUGGAGGCAAAGAGCUGACUGAUAGCUUGAAACUUAUCAAUAACGAGCAUAAAACCAGCCUGUCAAACGUCAGAUUGAGCCCAGAUGGACGUCACAUUCAUGUCAUCCUCCGCAAGCCUAAGGUUAGUCUUGUGACUUUUGACAAAUAUGAAAGACCCCAUCUGAUCCAGACACAGAAGAAACUGGACGUGCGGUCGGCACGAGGUGUGCCUAUUGUGGAUAUUUUAUAUUUGGACAAUAACAGAAGCAGCAACAGCAACAGGGAUACAGCAGCUGUGGCAGUGAUUUUUGAAGAUGGAAAGGCUGAGUUUUGGAGAUUCCAGGAGUGCAAAUCAGGCUGGCAUCUCCUGCAAACAUCAGACUUGUGCAACAGCCCCCGGGCUAGAGUGGUGUCCGUGUGUGCCUGUGCUAAUCUUAUCAUCUGGUGUGAGGAGAGGCCGCCCUCUGAGAGCUCCCCUGCCCUCAGCUCCACGAGGAACAAACUGAGAUACUGUGUUUGCAGACGUGACUUCGAGGUGGAGGAGGGGGCUGUCAGCUUGGGUGGAGUGAAAAUCGCCCUCCAUAACAACCCUAAAUUCACCGUGGUCAGCUCAGGGGAUUGUGUGCACCUGCUCCCUGACUUGAAAGUUAAACCUCUGCUGAGCAUCUCUAAAUUUUUUCUCUCCUGGUGUCCUCGUCAUGAGUCCUUCACUGUCAGCACUACAUGCAAAAACACACCCCUGAAGAAGCUAUCAUCUAAAGAGUCUGACUUUAAGAGACUGGUGCCAGAUUGUUUGGGAUAUUUAUCAACUAUUGAGCCACCAGAGAUCUAUGACUUUUCACCUACAGGCUGUGGAGGCCUGCUGCUCCUGCUCAGCACAGGUUGGGUGUGUUUUCUGCAGAAAGAUGGAGUGCUGCGGCAGGUUUUUAAACUGGCCGACAACUGUUUGGUUAAAUAUGGCACCGACACUAGCCUCUGCUUGUACCAGGACACUCUGGCUGUGCUUAUAGGGCAAAACUUACAUGUAAUAGAUGUAAACUGUGGGAGAGAACUGGAUAAGCUUGUGGUAAAGAGAGAGGGGAUAUUAUAUUUUAACCGUAAUGAAAAAUGGAUACCUCACCUGCUUACAGAAACGGGAGUUUUUAUGGUAUUAAACAAGGAGACUGACUCCAACAAGAUGAAGCCUUAUGGUUUCAGUGCAGCAGAGAAUAUUGAUCCAGGAGCUCUCCUGGUGGAGGCUGUCUUUGAGGAGGCCUGUAAAUACUACCAGCAGAGGAGCCUGAGUAGCACCCAGCUCACUGUGGACAUCCUGAAGAAGGGAGGGAGAUUCCAGGCCCCCAUCUCUUUAGCCUCCAUCCUCAGGAGCUACCUCCUGAAGCAGAAGGGAGUAGUGGUGUCCCAGAAUGGAGAGGACGGAUGUACUUCAGGGCAGGAUAAGCUUAUGAUUUCGCUGGAGGCCGAGCUCAAGAGUCUGGUCACUCUGGAGGAGGUGAAGGGCAGUUUAGUGAGGGGGAGUGUAAAAGAAGUGGAGGCAGUGUGUGACAUGUUAGUGGAGAAAGAAGUAGCCAGACUGCUGUCCUCAGCAGAGCUGGAUCAGGAGGCUCUGCUUUACCUCAACUCCAUCUUCAGCAUCUUCCCCUGCCAGGCGUGGAGGGCAGCGCAGGCUGCUCUUCAGCUUCACUACAACGGGGAACGCUCUCUGUCCAGCAGGGCCUCACCAGACGUGUGGAAAACUGUCCUCACCCCUGCUGUGACAUCAAGCACUGCCACAUUCACGAACGGCCGGCCCAAACACAACCACAGCCUCAAAGGUGAUCACAUUGCCAACUGUAAAGCCAAACCUCUGAGCUCCACUCUCCCAGCUGCCCUGCCCGUCUUUGAGCUCCUCUGUCACUCUGUUUUUCACUUCCAACCCAGCUGGUUGCCCACCUUCUUGGAGCUCGCCCAGCAGCAGCAGGGCUCCAUGGGGCUGGGCCUGAGCCUGGCCUCUUCAUCAUGGAGCUUCUCCAGCUCUCGAGGAGGAGAAGGUGGAGAGAAAAAUGUGCCACUCUACAAACGGGCCCUGUGCGUUCUCUCCAGCCUGAGCAUGGAACGAGCACAGCAGCAGGACCUGGAAGUGGAGCUGCUGCUGGUCAGCGGGCGACCCAACGCCAUCCUCCAGGCUCUAAGGAUCCUUAUCGCCAUGCAACAGUGGGAGAGGGUUACUCAGGUGGCUCAGAAGUUCUGCAAGCAAAGUCCACUACUCAACAAGGAAAUUUUCACCACUCUGCUGUGCGAGGUGGCCCAGCAUCGAGACCUGGACCGCUACCUGGACUUACUAUGGGCGCUGUGCCCUGAGGACCUCACUGUCACAACUAUUCUCAACUUGGUGCUAAAAAACCUCCCCUCCCCCAACAGCCCCCCUUCAUCCUCCUCCUCCUCCUUCUCCAUGUCCAUCACAUCCCCCUCGUUUCCUGCUCCCUUCGCAGACCCUCAGAACAGCCAGUUGACCAUCGGGCUGCUCAAACCUCUGCUGAGGAAAGUCCUUCAGAGGGAGACUAAACCCAGCCAGCGCUACGCUGACAUCCUGCAGUCUCCAUUGUUUCCCCCUCCUGCACCUCCACGCCAGCCUGCAGAGCAAACAAGCACUGUCACAGACCCUUGCAUAAAUUCAAAUCUGGAUGGUGAAAUUGCAACAGAUUUUCUUGCAGAAACACCAGAAGAGCAGUCACCCAUACACACGACUGUUCCAGGAACCAGGGUGGCACUACCUGCAAACCCAGUCUGAUUCAAAACAAUAACAAAGACGCUUAAAUUCUGUCAUUCCCCACACAUUCUGACCAAACUCUUAACUAAAUGUGUGCUGACAAUCAAAUCAAAACUCAACAUCAGUAUCUUACAAUUAUCAGUGUAAUGCAGUUACUUGUGAUAUUUGACUGUGUUUAAAAUGAAUGGUAUUAUCAGAUGAAGUAUGACUACUAGAAACUAUGAAAUGACUACUGACGAUCUUACCAGUGUAAAUACUGCAGGUCAUUUUAAGCCUUAAUGUGUAUAUACUGUAUCAGUGAUGUUAUUUAUCUCUUUAGCCUUAACUGCACGUGGAUUGAGAAUGUUAUGCAUAAACUUGCAUUGAAUACGCUUAGCCUUUAUUAGAAAACCAAUAAAAAAUGGUAAUAUAUUGUUUUAAACACAGUAAGCAGUCCUGUCUGCUCUGACAAAAAACAAGCCUCCAAAUCCCUCUAUCUGUGGAGUAUCAUGUCAACAUGUGUCGAUUUAUUUUAGUUAAAAGUAGAAGAUUCCUCCUAUUCGUAGCCGAGUUUAGCAAGCUUCCUAAGUGGGUAAUCUCCAGAGUGUUAUCCCAACAAGCUGGCCUUUGUGUUUAAAUGUUUGUUUUAAGAGUGGUAUGGGUUAGAAAAGGGGGAAGAGGGGUCCAAGGUCCCCCCUACUGAUACUAGCUUAACAGGUGCUUAAUCAUUAACCUGGUUUUAUUAGGCUUAUGCAACAUCUGUUAACCAAACUCAAAACCGUCUACCUGCCUGAAUUUUUAAUUCUCGUCAUCCAUUUUUCUCUCCUGACUCCAUCUUAUCCAAUCUGCCUCCCCCCACAGUUGCACUCACAGGACAUUCCUCACAAAAUACUCAGUAAAAGUGACUCACAGUUUGACUUUAAUUCAAUUUUAGAGGUAAUUCUGUUAGGAUUCGAGUGAGGGUUGGGUACGGCGUGACUAACACAGGCGCUCCGCUGCUUGCAUACAGUUGUGUUCGUGCUCCUUCAUGGACCCAGUGAGGGUAAUGUUAUUAGAGAUGUUAGGCCCUCUGUGUUAGCUCUGCCCUGAGACAGAUUGCACUUUUAUAUCACCCCAGUCAGUAUUGUUUUUACCUUGUUGUUAAUGCAUCUGUUGAGAUGAAUGUUUUCUGAUUAAGUGCUGUAAACAAACGCAUAUUUAAGUGCCUGUUAUCUUCAGUGCCUGUGUUAAUUCUUAGUUUGUGUAGCCUGUUUAAGUCAAAGAGAGUGAGUUUUUAUGUAAAUGUUGAGCCCUUGGAAACAAAUAGUGAAUUUCUUACAAACUUUAGGACUCCUUAGUCUUAGGGUAAAGCACUAAAACUCUUCUAAAAACCUCUUAAAUGUGUCGAAUGACAAUCAGACUCCAAAAUGCUGCCGAACAAUCAGAGUGCCUUUCACAGUGCUGCUCUUCAUUUACGGAGCAGUGUCACAUUCCUGAUCCUGCUUCGGCUUCACUCAUAUCCUGGAGAUUAGAGGUCUCUGUAUUGUAGAGUACAGUGUUUUUAAUUUUGUUUUUUGUUUUCGGGGGGGUUAUUGUUUUUAAUAUUUUUGGUUCUAAAUGUGGCCGAAAGCUGUUCGAUUCUGCUGUCUGUUUUUAUGAGAUUUCAAUUUAAAAAUGAAACUAACUGCUGUCUUCCUCUUAUCUGAAUUAGCUUUCUGUUUUGGUGUGGACCAGAUAGGGCUGGACAGUAUGAACUGAAACUCAUAUCUUGAUGUUUUUUAGCUGAGUGUCCGUGUACAACAUGUGACCUGAGUUUGUUUUUUUUUUUUCUGUAAAUGUCACAGCACCAGAAUUAGAAACUUUGAUAUGAGUCUAGUAAGAAUUAGACGAUAGGAGAACCUUUUGACACCACAGUUCUAGACAUGUAAGUGUUUGCAAUGCUUCAUUUUUAAGGAUCAGAAAUGGCCGACAGAUUCCUACACACUGUCUAAAUUGUACAAAAACAUUGGCAAAAAGGGAUGAUCAGUUGCAUCAAUUUAACAUGAGUUUCACCCAUUAUGGGCCCCUGUGACAGACAUCGGCCAGUUACAAAUAUUGUGGGCAUGCACUGAUGCCAGAACGGAUGUUUAUCUGUUGGGUCAUGACAAUUUAAUUCUAGCAUUUAGCGUAGUGAACAGCUGAUUCAGAGAAGGGAUUUAUUAUUGGGCAGAAGGUGUGACGUGUUGGCCAAACUGAUCUGUUGUUGUGGUGAGAGAAAAUGUUUGCUUAUGGGGAGUAAUGAAAGGAAACUCUGGCAUCCGUAUUGUCCAUCAGCUAUGUUGUUUGGUCAUAUUUCCAUGUAUUAAGGAAGUAAAAGUGUCCAAAUAUGUUUCAAAUUGAUAAAGUAUCCAUUAUUUAAAUGCUUGUUGGUAAAAAAAAAAACAAAAAAAAAAACGACACCAACUCAGUGAUCUUCAGUCAUAUUUUAACCAAAAGAGGGGCGGAAUUGCCUAACUUGUAUGAAUACAUGGCAUCAUUUUCUAAAGCAGGUGUAACUGGCAAGGAGCGAGGGUGAAACCCUCACUCCUUGCCAGUUACAGCGUCCCACCAUUUUGCCAAUGUAUUUCCUACCAAUUUCCUCCCUCUUGACCAAAUGUUGACAACACUAUUUUGCAACUUAGAAAGUGUGUGUACGGGUUUGAUGCCAUUCUUUAUGAGCAAAAUAACAAGUUGUCAAAUAUUUGGUGCCCAGCGCCUCUGUUAUUGUUGCUGUGGUAUCAAACAGGUAUCAACAAUGCUCUCCACCCAAUUUACCAAAUGUUGGCAACACAUUUGUGCAAUUUACGUGGUUUGUAGAAGUCUGCUUGCAGUUUUUGAAAAGUGAAGAAUAAAUUGCCCAAUAUUGGAUGUCUAGGACUUAAAUUAUUGUUGCUGUGGUAUCAGACAGGUAGCAUCACUCCUUGUAGGUCCCAACCACUUUACCAAAUGUAGCCAACAUAGUUGUGCUAUUGAGACUGUGAGGAGGUUUGCUGUCAGUUUUUGGUAAUUGAAAAAAUAAUGGUCCAGUGUUUGGUGUCCAGGACUUUUAUUAUUUUUGCUGUGGUAUCAAAUAGGUAUCAGCAUUACUUUUCACUAGCUCCAUCCACUUUCCUUAAUGUUGACAACACAUUUGUGCAAUUUAGACUUUGUUAGGGAGUUUGCUGGCAAUUGCUGAUAUGUGAAAAACAAAUCGUGAGUCCAGGUUUUAAUUUUUUUUGCCUUAGUGUCAAACAGGCAUCAAGUUGAUUAGAUUUUCACUAAUAUUGUAAAUGAAAUGAAAACCAAUUAUUGUUUCCCAUUUAGACUAAACAUUUCAAACAGAUCAACUUGUGGUAAAUAAGCCUAUGAUUGUUGGAAGUUCUGAGUACUGAUAGGCCUCUGGAAUCAACUCUUAAAAACUGUCCAUAUUGCCCAGCCCUAGCGUCAGUCAUGCUCUAGACUAACUGGGAACUCCCUUUCUUCCCCAGACUUUC